GCAGGAGGACCCCGGCCUUUUGCGGAGCCAGACCAUGACUUGGUCAUUUGGAUGGAACAGUUCCCUUCCUGUCUACUACCUCCGAGACCAGAACCACAGAGUGCUUCUGUAUGUUUGCGCUCACACCGCAGUCAUCUACGAUGUCUUCAGGAACACUCAGUAUCAUCUUCAGGGCCAUCCUAAUGUCAUCUCCUGCCUCUGCGUCAGUGCAGACAGGCGGUGGAUCGCCACAGCAGACAAAGGGCCAGCCUGCCUGAUAAUUAUAUGGGACUCCUUCACAGGUAUUCCUGUACACACCAUAUUUGACAGCUGCCCAGAAGGUAAUGGUAUAAGGGCCAUAGCCAUCACCCACGAUGCCAAGUACCUAGCAACCAUCUCAGAUGCUGAAAUUCAGAAAGUGUGCAUCUGGAAGUGGACUUUAGCGGUGGAGACGCCCGCGUGUACUCUUGAGCUCCCCAAAGAGUAUGGUUUUCAG